UGACCCUGUAGAUGACAUCGUGCACUGAGGAAGAGGUGAGGGAGGAGGAAGAGGUGAGGGAGGAGGAAGAGGUGAGGGAGGAGGAAGAGGUCAGGGAGGAGGAAGAGGAAGAGGUGAGGGAGGAGGAGGAAGAGGUGAGGGAGGAGGAGGAAGAGGUGAGGGAGGAGGAGGAAGAUGUGAGGGAGGAGGAGGAAGAUGUCAGGGAGGAGGAGGAAGAGGUGAGGGAGGAGGAGGAAGAGGUCAGGGAGGAGGAAGAGGUCAGGGAGGAGGAGGAGGUCAGGGAGGAGGAGGUCAGGGAGGAGGAAGAGGUCAGGGAGGAGGAGGAGGUCAGGGAGGAGGAGGAGGUCAGGGAGGAGGAAGAGGUCAGGGAGGAGGAGGAAGAGGUCAGGGAGGAGGAAGAGGAGGAGGUGAGGGAGGAGGAGGAGGUGAGGGAGGAGGAGGAAGAGGUCAGGGAGGAGGAGGAAGAGGUGAGGGAGGAGGAGGAAGAUGUCAGGGAGGAGGAGGAAAAGGUGAGGGAGGAGGAAGAGGAGGUCAGGGAGGAGGAGGAGGUCAGGGAGGAGGAGGAAGAGGUCAGGGAGGAGGAGGAAGAGGUCAGGGAGGAGGAGGAAGAUGUCAGGGAGGAGGAGGAAGAUGUCAGGGAGGAGGAAGAGGAAGAGGUGAGGGAGGAGGAAGAGGUGAGGGAGGAGGAGGAAGAGGUCAGGGAGGAGGAGGGUGAAGAGGUGAGGGAGGAGGAGGAAGAUGUCAGGGAGGAGGAGGAAGAGGUGAGGGAGGAGGAAGAGGAGGUCAGGGAGGAGGAGGAAGAGGUCAGGGAGGAGGAGGAAGAGGUC